AUGUACGAAGAAACAGAGUUGAAAUGUAUGCCAUUCACCCUAGGAAUAUUCAGAUUUUAUGGAGUGUUUCCACCGAAAGGAACUGAAUUGAAUCCAGGAGUUGCUUUUUAUCUCAAAUUCUGUUUGUUCGCAAUAUUGAGCUCAUUGACUCUGAUUGGUAGUCUUUUACAUCUCAUCAAGACCAUACAAAGUGGAGAAGACAACUACGUUGAUUUAGACCUCACCUACGUGAUGUCAUUCUCAACAGCUUAUGCUCUGAUCAUUUCCUUCAUCAUGAGAAUAAAAGCGUCAGCAAAAUUAUAUUCGUUCUUCAGCAAUUUUGAAGAAUUCGGAAAACCUAGAGACUUCGACAGUGACAACAAACGCUUCAAUACUUUUGCAAAAUUACACUUCAUUUAUCUGGAAUGCCUGAUAUUCCUGUUAUUAUUCUUAUCGAAUAUUCUCAAAAGUGACACCUGUAUGCUUGAGAAUGAGCAAUAUGGCCUACACGAAGUUUGUGGACUCUUCACAUACACUUGGAUGCCCUUUGAUAUCGAUUUCACCCCUGCCAGACAAUUGUAUGCUGUGGGACAAGUAUUCGGCGGACACUAUAUUUAUAUUCUAGCAGGACUACUGGCUUGGCUCGUACUAGAAACUAUGCAACAUUUGAUAGUGAGAGUGAGAGACGUGAAAUACACUUUCCAAGAAGCCUUCAGAGAGAAGGAUACGAACCAGAGGACGAAGAAGCUCAAGUUCGCUAUCAAAUACCAUAUUGCUGUAUUGGGGUGA